AUGGACCUGAACGAGCCAUAUUCCCCGACAACCCCUAGACCUGCGGGCACAACCGUCACCAUGAAAACAUUCCUGUACUUGACCAUCACGUUUGUGAUAGCUCAGCUAGUUGGAGUGGUGCUUUAUGGCUUAUAUCUUCACAUGAAGCUGGACAAGGUGGAAGAUGAGAUGAAUUUACGAGAAGACUUCUUGUUCCUUAGAAGACUGCAGAAAUGUCUGAAACCACAAGAUGCUGGUGCAACUUUGCUGGAUUGUUCGGCCAUCUUAAACACGUUCCAGGAACUCCAGGGCCGAUCAAGCGACGUUCCUCAAAAAAGCCCCAUUGUCAUGCAAAAAGGGGAGAAGCCAACAGCAUCCAUUCACCUUGCAGGUUUCAAGGACAGCUCUCAGCCAGUAUCAGUUUUGCAAUGGACUGAGGCGGUAUAUGCCCCGAGUGAUGACGCAUUUUCCUACCAAGGUGGAAAGCUAAAGGUUACCAGAGGAGGACGAUACUAUAUCUAUGCCCAAGUCACCUUUUGCGUGAAAUCUUUGUUGCACGCACCGUUCAGUGUGUACAUGUACCUGCAUCUGCCAUCCGAGACAGACCAGCUACUGCUGAAAGGAGUGAGAACGCCCGGCCGUUCAGACAACAUAUGCAGCCUGCAGUCGGUUCAUCUUGGAAGAGUCAUUGAGCUCCAGCAAGGGCACACCGUCUUCAUCAAUGUGACGGACUCCUCCAAAGUGAACUACGAUCACGGAAACACAUACUUUGGCAUGUUUGAGCUCUCUGAGAGGAACCUGUGA